GUGGCUGUGCUUUUGCUUGUAGCAUUGAGCACUGCACUGGAAAGCAAUGGAGAAGAAUAUAGUCUUGGGCCAUAUGAGCAGAAAGCAUGGAACAAUGCUAGGCCUCACAGUGUUUUGAUCUUGGAAUUUGGGGCAGUUGGAGAUGGAAAAACUUUGAACACAGUUGCAUUCCAAAAUGCUAUAUGCUAUCUCAAGUCAUUCACUGAUAAGGGUGGUGCUCAACUAUAUGUUCCUUCUGGCAAAUGGCUAACUGGAAGUUUAAACUUUGUUAGCCACCUCACUCUCUUCCUUGAAAGAAGAGCUACCAUCGUUGCAUCUCUGAUAAGCAGGACACUGGCUGCAGCUGACAGUACAGAAAUCAUAAAGAAACUUCCGAAAUUUAUGUACGAUGAAGAAAAAGCUCUUGAGGAGGAUCAAGCUUUAGCUAAGGAGGGAGCUGAAAUAGUGGUUUUGGUCAUUGAUGAGGAAGGUGUGGAGUCAUUAAUAUCAGAACUUGUGAAAGGUGUAAAUGAGCCAAAGCUUCUUUGGUCUUCCCACAAGAACAGUUUUCUUGUUCUUCAAAUAACAAAUUUUGACUUUUUCUUUUAUUGCAACUUUAAUGAUGCGUAUGUUAUAUUUUUCAAAUAAUAAAUUUUAUUUUUUUGUUAACAAAUAUGAUAAAAGUUUAUGUAUGUUGGAUUGGUUAAUUUAAAAUUAUAUAAAAAAAUUUUAUUGUUUAAAUUAGAGCCCGUUUGGGAAG